AUGGAUACAAAACGGUGCCGCAUUUGCCUCAACUCUUCCCAUCGGUAUUUUGAUAUAUUCGAUAAUUGUAAAUCCUCCUUCACCUAUGCCGAUAAUAUUCGGCACAUUGCGGAAGUAGAUGUUCAACAAAACGAUGGUCUACCACAAAAAAUAUGCGGUGAUUGUUCGGAGGAGAUUCGUAAUAUAUUUGAAUUUGGUUUAUUAAUCCGCCACGGAGAUGAGGUACUGCGAAAGGAAUUGCGUCAGAUGAAAGGGAUUCAUGAUGCGGAGGAUGAAAAUAUCCAAAUCCUGGAGGAAGAUUGUUUUAUAACUGAGAUUGAACAUGACGGCGAGGGUGGUGGUGAUGAAAGUAUGGCGGCUUGUGUUCUGGCCGAGGAAGAGGUGUUGACGGUGGAUGGUGAAUUGGUAGAGGAAUAUGGUUCCCAUGAUGAGAAUUUUCAAAUCAUAGAGGAAGAAAUAUUCGAAGUUGUUGAUGAUAUACCAGAUGUGGACGCCCCAGCACAACAAGAACCACUGGCUAAAGAUAAAGAACUAAGUGGUCACUUGGAAGAGUUGGCCCAGGUGGCUGCCACCCAGCAAAAUGUAUUACUUAAUAAAGAAGAAAUGCGUCAAGAUCAUUACGCCGAUGACGAAUGUGACGAGGAUUACUUAAUACCCUACAAUCCUGCCGAAGAAGCAUUUUAUAAUUUUAAACCACCCAAAUGGAAAUGUAUUGAAUGUAAACGUGUGCUGCGUGGUGAUGUAUCCUAUGAAGGUCAUAUGAAUAUUCACAAACAAUUGCAUCCUCAUACAUGUCCACAAUGUAAGGCGGAAUUCCGUUGUCGUAUUGCCCUGAAGAAACACAAAGAUAAACGACAUAAUGCUAAACAACAUCCAAAUGAUUGUCAAGUAUUGGAUCAAAAACAAAACCUUGAUACCGAUAUCUCUUCUCAGUCGUUCAAAUGUCCCGAAUGUCAGCGGGAAUUUGUAAAUGAUGCCGAUCUCCUUCUACAUGAAAUUAGCUUAACACAUGGUAAUCGCUGUCAUCUAACAUCCUGCCCAUUUUGUCCGCAUAUAAAAGUAGACAAACUUAUAGACCAUUUAAAAUAUUUCCACAUACGUAACGAAGAACAGAACGACGAAGUUGAAGAGUUGUCAAAUUCGAAAUUAGCAUUUCAAUGUGAAUCAUGUUCCCAAACAUAUAAAACAAUCGAAGAAUUACAUCUGCAUCAGGAACAAUGUUGUAAUGUAUCGGCAAGUGAAGAUCAUGACAUAACAGUUGAAGAUGACUUUGAAGAAAACAUGUUGGAAUCCAUCGAUGCCAUUGUCUAUUGUGAGGUGUGUAAUAAAAAGUUAUUGAAGAAAAAUCUCAAACGGCAUAUGUUGGUCCACCAACGAAAGGAUAAGAAAACCACGGAGGAUGUGAAUAAAUUGUUGUGUGCCUAUUGUCCACGUGAAUUUAAAACCUCCAAAUCUUUGCAUCAACAUGAACGCAUACAUGAAAGUGAAUCGGCUUACACGAUAUAUACAUGUGAUGAUUGUGGUCGUCAAUAUGCAACACAACUUCUGUUGGAUACACAUCGUAAACAGGCCCAUAAGGAACGUGACCAUAUCUGUUCAAUAUGUGGCAAUGCCUUCAAAUUGAAAAAUCAAUUGGUUAAUCAUAUGAAACUACAUUUGGAAAAGAAUAUCCAAUGUCCACACUGUGAUAAGAAAUAUGCACGACAAUUUGAUUUGAAUGUUCAUCUGCGAUCGCAUACCGGAGAAAUGCCUUAUGCCUGCCAUUUGUGUAGCAAACGUUUUGCCAUUAAAGUACGCCUUACAUAUCAUCUGCAAAAGCAUUAUGGUGUCAAGCAUCGUUGCAAAGAAUGUCAUGCGGAAUUCAAUUCGAAGCAGAAACUUAAAACACACUCCUUCAAACACACCGGAAUGCCAUAUCGUUGUGAGCUGUGUGAUGACCACGGGUUUUCAACGCGUGUGGUAUUUAAACGUCAUUUAUCUAGGGUCCAUCAUUCGACAAUGUCCGACGAAGCCUUAAGUGAAAUGUUUCAACGUAAUACUGGCAAAACAAUAAAAAUUAAACAAAUUAGCUCGAAACAUGAAGAUGAGUUUUAAG